UAUUGCUUUAAAUUAAUAUAUAAAAUAUUCCCUGUGCAAUCGAGUCUGACGACCCCUUUGCCCCCAAGACCCAUAAUUGAUUUUUUGUUAGACGGUCAGUAAACUUAGUUACCCUUGAAUAUGGAGAGAGUACUAUAAUUAAAAUCACAUGUAUCGUUACACACGUCACAAUAUAAUAAACAAUCAGUUGUUUACAUCUAGCUACUACAGUCCACCGUCAAAAAGAUGACUGAUGACAUCACACACACCAAACACACAAGCUCUAUCCCGCUUAAUAAGCCAACCUUAUCUUCUCUGCGCUUCCCUCUGAAACGCUCACUUCCUUGCAGCCUCAUCCUCACGAAUCCUUUAGUCUGAUGGUCAACAGAGGAACAAUUCAGUCAGUGCACUAAGCCAUUAAAGACGAUUUGAGUCACUUCUGCUGUAUGAGCCUACAAUAAAAUGCCAUCCUGACUUGCGCGACAGUGGUUUGGACCAGAGCUCCUAUAGGGAUGAACGUGUCCCUCGGGUCCUCCUACAAAGAGGAGAUGUUCUUGGGCAACUCUACAGUGCCAUACACCUCCAACUCCAGCCUGCCAAACACGACCAUCAAACCUGUAGCAUGUGAGCAAGUUCACAUUGCUCUGGAGGUCUUUUUGACCCUGGGGAUCAUCUCCUUAUUAGAGAACAUCCUGGUUAUUACAACUAUAAUAAAGAAUAAGAAUCUUCAUUCGCCCAUGUACUUCUUUGUCUGCAGUUUGGCUGUAGCUGACAUGUUAGUGAGCGUGUCCAAUGCCUGGGAAGCAGUCGUCAUCUACCUGCUCAACAAUCGACAGCUGGUGGUGGAGGAGCACUUCAUCCGACAUAUGGACAACGUUUUUGAUUCCAUGAUCUGUCUCUCUGUGGUGGCAUCAAUGUGCAGUCUCGUGGCUAUUGCUGUGGACAGGUAUAUUACCAUCUUCUAUGCACUGAGAUACCACAACAUCAUGACAGUGAAGCGAGCUGGUUGCAUCAUUGGGGGAAUUUGGACCUUCUGCACAGGCUGCGGGAUUCUCUUUAUCAUCUACUCCGAUACCACCUCUGUCAUUAUUUGCCUUGUGGCCAUGUUCUUCAGCAUGCUGCUCAUCAUGGCAUCCCUUUACAGCCACAUGUUCAUGCUGGCGCGUUCACAUGUCAAGCGCAUCGCUGCGCUGGCUGGUUGCAACACCUUCCAUCAGCAGACCAGCAUGAAAGGCGCCAUCACACUAACCAUUCUCCUGGGGGUCUUCUUCGUCUGCUGGGCUCCUUUCUUCCUCCAUUUGAUUCUUAUGAUAUCCUGUCCACGGAACCGCUCCUGCGUGUGCUUUAUGUCUCACUUUAACAUGUACCUAAUCCUCAUCAUGUGUAAUUCUGUUAUUGACCCGUUGAUCUAUGCCUUCAGGAGUCAGGAAAUGAGGAAAACCUUUAAAGAGAUAUUCUGCUGUUUUAACCUAAGGAAUUGCUACACCAGCAACUGUGCUCUGACUGGUAAGUGCUGAACAGUAAGCAGUGGAAUGAAAUUCUUCACAGGAAUAUCAAUACAUUUAUGACACUAGAUCCACAUGCCUUCAUAGGAAAAUCAAACUGUUUUCUUAGAUGAACUAAAAUAGUAUAAUCCAGUCCACUGGAUGACAAUAAUAAUGACAAAUCAAAAUCUGUCUGAUUAUUUAACUGGAUAAUGGUUAGAUUGGAUUACCUAAUCUCUUUUUGGUGGGAUUGAAAUAGGGCAAAAUUACUGCCCAAAAAAAUUCCAUGUAAUGACCACUUGUGUUAUUUAAAAAAAAAAAUCCAACUGUUGAGAUUCAACAUAUUGAGCCAUGGUUUGUGAACCCAAAUAAUAUCAUGUUAACAUAAAAAUACAUAUCUAUGUACAGUAUUUAGAUUUAUUAAAUGAAUCAAUUGCUGGCAAUACAGUAGAAACCACCAUGAUCCACAAAUGUACAAAGGUUGGUAUUAAUUCUUUUCAAUGUUUACAGUGAUUUGGAUAAAUACCGAUACUAAAUACUGUCACAAGAACCACAGGACAUCUGGGGUCAGAUGUACUGUGCUGUAUAAGAGAUGGGUUGGUCACCCUCCUUUUGGAAACUGAGAGCUACUUAUUGGGUACUGAUUAAAGGCUCUCUGUUGUCGAGAUGGUUAAUUUUACACUAAUACUCUAUGGGCUCCAACUGAAAUCUUGAUUUCCGUGCAGAUUCAAUCUUGUUUAUCGGAAAUUUGGCAGACCGCCCUGCAUUGCAAUGCUGUGCCGUCUCACGUAUUGAUACCAUUUUCUUUUACACGCUCCUCGCACACCUGACAAUUUGAUGAUUUUGAUCAAUUUGAUUAACUGCAGGCAGACAAAUUUGGAGUUCCAUGGCGAUACGUGGAGCUUCAGAUGUAUUUUUGGCUCAGAACAAUGAAAUUGACAUUCAUUUUGGACACUAUCACUAAAUUUCAGAGUAAUCUGUGAAUAACUAGUUUCCUCUGGAACGUUUUUCAUCUGUAACAUAUAUAACCAACAAGAAUGUAGAAAUAAGAGCUAUUAGAAGAAUUUUGACAAGCUGUGCAUUUG